AUGGAUGUUUUUAAACGUAGUCGAGAUAAACUUCGAUCUUUACCUCGUCGGUUAGCAUCGACAAUUCGAUCAAUAUCAUCUGAAUAUCUUAAUAAUCCAAAUCAUAUAUUAACUACACCUACUUUAUCAAGAAGACGUAAUGGUAUAUCAUUUGAUUCAUAUAAUGAUUUGAGAAAAAUAAUAUUAAAUGCACCAUUACCAACAACUGUUCUUCAACAUACACCAACAAAAGAAUUUUCAUUAAAUGGAAAUGAUCUUCCAAUAGCAUCAUCAUCUUAUUAUAUUUUAACAUCAAUUAAUCAAUGUUCAACACUUAUUCUAUUCAAUAAAGAUAAUGAACUAAAACGUAUUGAUUUAAGUCAUUCAUUAAUAUAUUUUUAUGAUUUAUGUUGGUCAAUAAAAUUAAAUAUGUUUCUUAUGGCUGGUUAUUCACUUUAUACAUUUGAUCCUCGUUCAUGUAAAGUAACAACAAUUGAAAAUAUCGAAUUAGCUCGUGGUGAUUGGAUUGUAUCAAUAACAACAAAUAAUAAUUCAAUUUAUUUACUUUAUUCAUGUUCAAAUCGAAUUGAAUGUCGUUCGAUUUUAUAUCCACAUAAACUUGAAAAACAAUGGUCACAAAAAUAUUUUCUUCAAAAAAAAGAUUUCUUAGCACAAUCUAUACGUAUUAAUGAUUGGAAUAUUCUUGCUUUAACAAUAAAACAAAAAAAUCGUGAAUGGAGAGUUGAUUUAUUUGAUUCAAAUAAUCUUCAUCGAAUAAAUCGAAGUUGUUCAUUGGGACAAGGUAUACCUGGCAUGAGAAAUUGUUUAAUUAUACCUUAUGAUCGUUUAUGGAUUGUUAUUAAUAAUUGUUCUUUACCGAAACAAAUUAUUUUACUUGAUGAAAAUGGAGAAAUCAAAGAAAAACCAUAUAUUGAUAAAUCAAAUGGAUUUAUUAAUCUUUGUUUAAUAGAAAAUGAAUGGAUUGCAAUGAAUUCAAAUAAUAAAUUAAAACUUUAUAAAAUUUAA